UUGAUGUCACCAAGAUGCCAGUGACUGGUGUCCCUGUGAAGAGUGAAGAUGAUGAGGUCAAAGGUGAAAGUGAGGAGAAGAGAGAGGCGGAGCCUCCAAGCAGCAGCUCAACACAACACAUGACAACAGAAGCUGAUGGAGACCACUGUGGAGGAUCACAAGCAGACAAGAUCUUAGCUCCACUAUCAGAUAGUGAGGACACAACGUCACACUCUCCUGACACUGAUGAUGAAGACUCUAAAGAUGAUGCAACAUGUCACACUGACAACACUCACUUCACAUGUUCUCACUGUCACAAAACUUUUAAAUACCAUAGUGAUCUGAAAACACACACAAGAAGACACACUGGAGAAAAACCUUUUUCUUGUUCAUUCUGUGGUAAAGGUUUCACACAAAGGCAAUCUUUGAAAAUACACAUGAGAGCACACACUGGUGAAAAACCCUUUUCCUGUUCAACCUGUGGUAAAGGUUUUACACAUAGUCAACAUUUGAAAGUACACAUGAGAAUACACACUGGUGAAAAACCUUUUUCCUGUUCAACUUGUGGUAAAGGUUUUACACAAAGUCAGAGUGUGAAAAGACACAAGAGAACACACACAGGUGAAAAACCUUUUAUCUGUUCAAUCUGUAGUAAAGGUUUUAGACAAAGUCAAUAUUUGAAAGUACACAUGAGAACACACACUGGUGAAAAACCUUCUUCCUGUUUAAUCUGUGGUAAAGGUUUUACACAAAGUCAAUCUUUGAAAGAACACAUGAGAACACACACUGGUGAAAAAACCUUUUCCUGUUCAACUUGUGGUAAAGGUUUUACACAAAGUCAACAUUUGAAAAGACACAUGAGAAGACACCCAGGAGAGAAAGUGUGUAGUUGCAGUGUGUGUGGUGAAAGAUUGUCUUCUAAGUACCAGUGUAAGAAACACAAGUGUGCUGGUGAGAACAGCAGCAGCAAAUGAAACUGCAGGAUUUGAAAUAAACUGUCAAGACUUUAAUGUUGACUUUCUAACAACAUCAGCACAUAUAACAUGUGUGACAUCAUUGUUGUUUGUGUAACUAUCUUGUUAAUAUGCUUCUACAUUUUUUUUUUUAACGUUGAUGUUCCAGGUAAUCUUAUUUUCAGUGAAGGUUUAGGAUAGCCAAAUAUAAGCUUUGGCUUAGCCUAUUCCUUUUUCGGUCAUGCUUUUUCUUUUCUUUUCUUUUCCUUUUGUGUGUAAAUGUGUAUGAUUGUUAUAAAUGUAUAGUCUGUCACACACAAUGGUUAAUGGUUGA